CUCAAAACCCUAACCCUAAUCCUAGCUAGGCUUGCUUUUAGAUCAAUCUAAAUGUGUCUGGAGUUCUGAAUUUGAUUUGGAAGUUGAAGAGGCAAUGGGCUACACACUGCAAGUAGCAAUCCCUCAUGGCCUAGAUCCCUGUGCAUCAAAUUUCAUUCGUACUAUUUGAGUUACUCAUUCACCGUCCCUUCCUGCUCCAGGCUUUUCUUAAUCAUCAAAUUGGUUGCUGAUAUGCUUAAAAUUCAGAACUGUCAGAAUAAAUGGUCACUGGGAUGGAAUAUUUUGGCCAGAAUGUGCAGUUCUGGUGAAAUAAUAAAGGAGACUGCAGAUCCAACUAAAAGGAUAUGUAAAAUUAUGAUUUCUUGCCCAAAAUUAGAGCUUGAUACUUCCCUUAGUGAAAGUGGGAUCAGGGUAUCACCAAUUGUGGUUGAGAAUGUCCUCAAGAGAUUUGAGAAUGCUGGAAUGCUAGCUUAUCAAUUUUUUGAAUGGGCUGGAAAGCAACGAAAUUACAUGCAUAGUAUCAGAGCUUACCAUACCAUGAUAGAGUCUCUGGCUAAGAUAAGGCAGUAUCAAAUCAUGUGGGAUCUUGUAAAUAAAAUGAGGAGCCUGAAGAUACUAAAUGUUGAGACGUUUUGCAUUAUAAUGAGAAAGUACGCGAGGUCUCAGAAGGUGAAAGAGGCAGUUUACACAUUCAACAUCAUGGAAAAAUAUGAUGUUCCUCCAAAUCUGGCAGCAUUUAAUAGUCUUUUAAGUGCUCUGUGCAAGUCCAAGAAUGUUGUAAAGGCUCAGGAGAUCUUCAAUGGUAUGAAAGACCAAUUUAUUCCUGAUUCAAAAACUUAUAGUAUAUUACUUGAGGGGUGGGGAAAGGCUCCAAAUCUGCCCAAGGCGAGAGAAAUUUUCAGAGAAAUGGUUGACAUGGGUUGCGACCCUGAUAUUGUGACCUAUGGUAUCAUGGUUGACAUACUUUGCAAGGCAGGGCGGGUUGAUGAAGCAGUUGGAAUUGUUAAAGAAAUGGAUUCUAGUGUUUGUAAGCCAACAUCUUUUAUUUAUAGUGUUCUGGUUCAUACUUAUGGGAUAGAAAAUCGAAUCGAAGAUGCCGUUUAUACGUUUUUAGAUAUGGAAAGGAAUGAAAUUGAGGCUGAUGUGGCAGUUUAUAAUGCAUUGAUUGGUGCUUUCUGUAAAGUAAACAAACUCAAGAAUGCAUAUAGGGUUUUAAAUGAGAUGGAUUGCAAGGGGAUCAGACCUAAUUCCAGGACCUGCAAUAUUAUCCUAAACAGCUUAAUCAGUUGUGGGGAUACUGAUGAGGCUUUUAGGGUCUUCCGCAGAAUGAUCAAGGUUUGUGAUCCAGAUGCAGACACAUACACAAUGAUGAUAAAAAUGUUUUGUGAGAAUGAUAAGCUAGAGAUGGCUCUUAAAGUGUGGAAAUACAUGAGGUUGAAGCAGUUUGUUCCUAGCAUGCAUACUUUUUCAGUUCUUAUUAAUGGACUGUGUAAAAAGGGUAAUGCUUCCAAAGCUUGCAUCUUAUUGGAAGAGAUGAUAGAGAAGGGUAUUCGGCCAUCAAGUGUGACAUUUGGGAAGUUAAAACAAUUACUUAUAAAGGAAGGGAGAGAAGAUGUACUUGAAUUUCUUCAAGAGAAAAUGAAUCUCUUGGUCAAGGAGCCUUUAUGUGAUCAAGAAAUUAUUGCUAAUGAGCUGAAUAUACUGAUCAAUGUUGCUGAGUAGUCCGUACCUGCAAUGGAGAAUUCUGGAGUUGAAAGGCCUGGGAACCACCCCUGACUAAUAAGAGUGGCAUUUGGUAAUUACAGGUCAGUGUUUUUAACUUUUUUUUCAGGCCACAUUCCGGAUUUUAUUUGAAACUUCAAUUGGUCAUUUAACUAGUUGCUUAUUUUUAAUUUUUUUCAUUUGAACUUGUAUUUAAUGUCCCUUUUUCUCGUAUUUAUACAUAUUUUAUUGUGCUUAUUUAAUGGAGAACUACACUGUUAUACAUCCUUGUACAUCUUUUGGAAAUAAAAUCAUCCUUACUGUCAAAAGAUGUUA